UUGGUCCCUCCGCCGCCGUCUCUCUCCCCCCCCCCCGUUUCCAAAUCUCUUCGCCUCCUUCAGACGUUACUGUUCACGCCGGGGAUGACGACGGCCGCUUUCCGAUCGGCCACGGGCCGAUCCUCGAUUGGCGGGCGCGCCGUUGCCCGCUCCGCACGCGACACCGGUUCUUCCGGCAGCGGCGGGCCACCCCGACGGUCGAGGAGCCUCAGCCGCUUCUCCGGCCGGUUCCCCCCGUCUCAGCCGGAUGCGGAAGAUUUUCCGACGCCCCCCGGCAGGUUCGUCAACGAGGCGCGCGGGUGCGUAUUCCCGGAGAUCAGCCUCGAUGACGUCGUCGAUGAGUUCUUCCGGGCGAGGGCCGAGUCGGAGGAGGAGGAGAGCGAGCCCUCCGAUGCACGGUCCAGGUGCCGCAAUUCCGUCACGAGCUACCCGAUAAAGACGGAGUCGUCUGGUCGGCGCGGAAGGUCCGUGACGAGGCCCCCCCAGUGCCGAACUGGACCGCCGAAGGGCGUCUCGAAUAGUGUGUUAAGGCGGCGGCGAUCUGUCUCCGUUGCUCGCCAUCGGUGUAGCGACUCCGAGAAUGACAUGGAUUCUCUCAGUUCCAGCACUCAAGUCAUAUCAAGGAUUUCGGACAAUGGUAUAUUGCAGCAGCCUUCAUCACAUAGGCCUGUGAAUAAUGUUGAUGUUUUAAAAAGGACAAUGAGUCACAAGGAUUUCUUCCACUCACAAGAUAGCUACUCGAGCCAUUCUUCUUCAUUAACUGAUGUUGAAGCUGGGGAUUUUCAUUCAAGGAAGCAUGGGGUUGAGAAGACAAUCCAGGCGGUUUAUGCCCAGGAAAAGGGAGAAAAUCCCAUAGGGGAUGACGAGGGUAUUGGAUUAUAUGAAGUUGUGCGUAAAGAAGUCAGACAUGCAGUUGAAGAGAUCAGGACAGAGCUUCAAAAGGUCAUGUUGAACAAUGAAGCCUCAGCCAUCAUCAGUGAUGAUAGUAUCCGACCGAAGGGUUCAGAAGUUCUGGAAGCUAUUUCUGAGAUCAGAAGAAAUUACACAACCAAACUGGAGCAGUCAGAGAAGCGCAAGCAGGAUUUAUUGGCUGAGUUAGCAAUGGAGGAGGAACGUGGUCAGGAGAUUAGCAAAAUUGUCAAAGAGUUGCUUCCUUCGCCAAAAAUAUCUGUUGUUCCAGAAAGGCAAUCACAGUCCAGAAGAAGGAGCAAAGAUAGAACAAGACUGUCUAAAUGCUUGAAUGAAGAGGCAGAGAAGUAUUUUGAAGAUUUCCUUUUCAAUGUUGAAGAUACAGACAUAUCUUCUUUCGAUGAAGAAAGAAGUGAUGCUAGUUCAAUCGUAAGAGAUCCUGGAUUACGUAAUUCUGUAGCGGGAACUUAUGAAAGAGUAUUGAAAACUGCUCCUCUGCCUGCUGAUGGAGACGGUGUUGUACUUCCCUGGUUGGAGUGGGAAACUAGUGUUGCUCCUUCCUCACCAUGCAAAAGCAAGGAAGCAAGUGCUGGUUUCAGUAAUUGCUAUCAAAUUGCAAGCAGUUUUGGGAGUCGGAGCUUUGAUGGCACUGACAGCUCUUCUGUAGUUUCUAGCGACCCAAGUAGGAGCAAGUUUGGAGCAGAAAACCACCAGGGGAAUUCUUAUAAUAGCAGAACAACCGCGUCUUCAUUUGACAUGGAAGAGUAUCUCAGCUUAAAGCAAAGUGAAGAUAUUCUUUGUGAAAGGCUGAGACAGAGGCGAAGAAUAGAGUCAGGUAGCAUGAUCCUCUGCGGAAGAUUGUCGACAGAUAUCUGGUAGCUUAAUCAAUAAAAGGGAUUCUAGAAUUCUACCAGAGGGACUUGUGCAUACAACAUGCGAAUUGUUUUCAUUUAUGUUGACUAGUGUUAGGUUCAGCAUAUCCCUGCCGUGUGGUAUAGCUUCUGGUUAUGUUGUUCCUGGUGCAUUGUUAUAUGUUGAACGAACGCUGCACAAAAUUCAAUGUCUCUGCCACCUUGAUUCGUUGCUGCAACUAUUCGUUUCUCAAUGCAAAUCAUCGUGUGUUGCGGU